CUCAGUAUUCUGGAAGUGGAGGUCCCUCAUUCACAAAUUUGGGAUUUCACUAGGAAAACUAGGUUUGCGAUGGAAAGCGUGAUUAGAGAAGGUGCUCUGAGGUUGCUGACUACCGAAAGUUCUUGUGACGUCAUUCUGAGCUGCCAGGGACAUCGUAUGAUGGCGCACAAGCUAAUUUUAUCAAUGGCUAGUCCAGUGUUCAGGAAUUUACUGAAUGAAGCACCCUCAGAUCCGACUGUGAUAAUCUUCCCUGACGUAUCCAGCAACACAAUGUCUCUAGUACUGGACUACAUAUACACCGGUAAUGUCGUAGUCUACUCAAACACAAUCCAGGACUUUAUUAGCCUAGCCGCUCUCCUUAGAAUUCAGCUGGAUAUUGGCUUAAGCCAAAUGUUACCAGAAAAAGACAACCUAAUCCAACAGAAUGACCAAAAAUUCGUGAAAAAAAACGGGGAGUUGGGUUCGCAAAGCGAUGUGGAGUUUUACAGCAAGAGAAAUCAAAGGAAGUUACCGAAGUUGAUGCCUCUCCAUCGGUUUCGAAUUCAAGAAAAGCAAGCGAUACAAAGAAAAAUGUGUAAUUAUGUUUUACCUAGUCCUUGGUGUCCCAGAUUGAACGGAUUAUAUGGUGAUCCAAGGAACACGGAGUUUAGUCAUGGAGAAAAUCGAAUUUCUUCGCCAAUCCACCAUGAAACACCAGAAAACGAUUCCAACAAUAACAUACAAAUGAAAACAUCAUCAGAUCAUUACAAAACAACCAGCGUGAGCCCGAGUUUUCAAAACCUACGUAACCCCAGUUCAUCGAAGGGCUAUAAUACAGAACUAUACGCUAUUAGAAAUGUACACAACGGUUCAACUUGUACCGUAUCCCGAUCACCAGAUAAUUCUUCCACGACUAUUAUGGAAAGCUGCAGGCCACUAAACCUGGGAACAAAAUUGAAGAAGGUGGAAAAUAUUGUCGACUUGAAUACCAUAUCACCAGAAGUUCUUUCGCAGUCUCUCAAACCACCAAAUCUAGAAGUGGUUGGUACUCGAAAGAAACCUGAAAUCGUGAAUAAUCUAAACGAAGCAAAACAGAAUCCCAUACAAGCGGAUAUAGCCCUAUCAAAAAGUGUCACCUUGAUCGAUUUUGAAGGAGCGAAAGAAAAAAUCCGAUUGCCUUCGAAAGACAUUGGCUCAGAUCAUUCUUGCAGUAUUGAUGGCGAAGAAGACAUGGACGGUAGACUGACGAAUAAAAGACGUCCUAAAGAGAAACUUUAUAAGUGCGAGGAUUGUGAGAAGUCGUUCAGUCAACUGAGAAAUUAUAAAUAUCACAGAUCUGUCCACGAAGGCACUAAAGAAUUUGCUGCCAAGUGUUCGGAAUGUGGCAAAACAUUCAACGACAAGGGCUACCUGUCCAGUCACAUGAAGAUCCACAGAGAUAAAAAGGAAUAUGCGUGUCCACAUUGUCCAAAGAGGUUCAAUCAACGGGUGGCGUACAAUAUGCACCUCAGAAUACAUACUGGUUUGAAACCUCAUGAAUGUUCUACCUGUGGCAAAAGUUUUUCGAGAAAAAUGCUCCUGAAACAGCAUCAACGUGUCCAUACCGGCGAAAGACCGUAUACUUGUCCAGAAUGUGGGAAAUCAUUCGCCGAUAGAUCAAAUAUGAGCUUACAUGCAAGACUACACACAGGUGUGAAACCGUACGCUUGCACGUUAUGUCCAAAGAGUUUCACCAAGAAGCAUCAUCUAAAGACACACAUGAACUUCCACACAGGUCUCAAGCCGUAUACUUGCCAGAAAUGUGGACUAGCCUUCUCGCAAAGCAGCAAUAUGAGGACCCACUACAAGAAAUGCCUCUUGAAAGAUGUCCACUCUGGCAGCAGUGGGGGGCAGGAAACUGAGGACGCAAUUAACGAUCUUGAAAGUUCAUGAUCCAAACGAAUAAGAAACAAUAAGCGGGUGAAUCCAAAAUAAAUGAUGCUCUCUCAUACUAAAACUGCUUGAAUUAGACUAUUUCGUCGCUGUGGAAGUAUAGUCCAUCUCGCAUUUCACCAACCAUCUUGGUUGGUGAAUUGCGCGUCGAGAAUAGUAUUGCAGUUCUGUUGUGUGGGGCGGGUCUCUAUUGUAUUUAUUCUACGCCGGAAAUUCCAAUUCAAAAGGCGAGUACUUACUUGGCUAAUUGAGAACUUGUUUCAUGAUAUUUUUCACAAACAAAAAGUUUUGUAAGUAACCUAACAUCUGAAAUUGGUUGAAUAGUUUUUAUAAGUCAUAAUAACCGCUCAGUUUUCGAGAUACAAUGUGUCGAAAAUCUGAAUUCAAUAUACACACGUUACAUUCAGGUGAUGAAGAGAGAUGUAUUUCGAUUUAUAAUGAGCUACUUGUGAUGAAUCUUUGUUGUACUAAUGAAUAUUACUUGAAUUCUAUCCCAACACCAAACCUUUAUUUUCAACAC